CCGCCAAUUCCUGUGAUAUUCCUGCCUGGGUCUGUUUCCGAGCUCAUGGAGUCGUUUGACCCAGCCGAACUCCCCGAGCUGCUUAAGCUUUAUUACCGAAGGCUCUUUCCCUAUUCUCAGUAUUACCGCUGGCUCAACUAUGGCGGAGUGGUGAAGAACUACUUUCAGCACCGGGAAUUCUCAUUCACCUUGAAAGAUGAUAUUUACAUCCGCUACCAGUCCUUCAACAACCAGAAUGAACUGGAAAAGGAGAUGCAGAAAAUGAACCCCUACAAGAUUGACAUAGGCGCAGUGUACUCCCACAGACCCAAUCAACACAAUACAGUGAAGUUGGGAGCGUUCCAGGCUCAGGAGAAAGAGCUGGUGUUUGACAUUGACAUGACAGACUAUGACGAUGUGAGGCGAUGCUGUAGUUCUGCAGACAUAUGCUCCAAGUGCUGGACCCUCAUGACCAUGGCCAUCCUCAUCAUCGACCGAGCACUGAAAGAGGACUUUGGAUUUAAGCAUCGUCUCUGGGUGUAUUCUGGAAGGAGAGGUGUUCAUUGUUGGGUCUGUGAUGAGUCGGUUAGGAAACUGUCCUCGGCAGUACGUUCUGGAAUAGUUGAGUAUUUGAGUCUUGUAAAGGGUGGUCAAGAUGUGAAGAAGAAAGUUCAUUUACAUGAAAAAAUUCACCCUUUUGUCAGAAGAUCCAUGAACAUAAUUAAAAAGUACUUCGAGGAAUAUGCCUUGGUUGGUCAAGAUAUUCUUGAAAAUAAAGAAAGCUGGGAUAAGAUUUUAUCCCUUGUUCCUGAAACAAUUCAUGAUGAACUUCAGCAAGGCUUCGUAAAGUGUCACAAUUCCCUUCAGCGUUGGGAGUAUUUGAAGAAAGUUAUAAACAAGCCUCAGAACAACACCAAGAGUGACAAAUGCAGCCCCUGGCUGGAGUGGGAGAUUAUGCUUCAGUAUUGUUUUCCACGGCUAGACAUCAACGUUAGCAAAGGAAUCAACCACUUGCUGAAAAGUCCUUUCAGCGUGCAUCCGAAAACAGAUAACACUGGACGGACGAAAAUUGGCUUUUAGGUAGAUAAAAAAAGUAGCUUUAUUAUCAAUUCCUCCCUCCAACCAAUGAACCUAUUGCAGAAGUAUAUAAUUUCUACUUUAAAAGUGUUUCAAAGCAGAGAAAGAGAGACAGGCAAAGAGGUCUCCCCAGUGCUCACCAUAGCCAGGCUGGGCCAAGCCAUAGCCAAGAGCCUAGAACUCAAUCCGGAUCUCCCACAUGAAGUAGGAGUCUAAGCACUUGAGCCAUCAGCUGCUGCCACCCAGAAAGCACAUUGGCCAGAAGCUGGCUCAGGAGUGAAGGAACUGGAAGUUGAACUAGGCAUUCCAACGUGGAAUGGGUGUUCCAAGCAGGGACUUCGCCACUGCACUGCAUACACGAUGCUAGUUGUCCACGUUGGAGUCCACAAGCCAAUGCUGCACUUGUUACAAGAUCUUAGAAUGAUAAGAAACUGUCUUCAUCUAUAAUGUGGAAGUGCUAAUGUCCUCCUUGGUGAGUCA